AUGGGCUCUUCAGUUUCUGUUGUUGUAGCAGAAAUUGUCAUGCAAAACAUCGAGGAACAAGCCCUAGCUACCUACACGCGAACUGCACCUCUUUGGUUACGUUACGUUGACGACACAUUCACCGCCGUACACAAAGACGAAAUCGACGAUUUUCACGAACACCUUAACAGACAGAACGCGGACAUACAGUUCACCAAGGAGAUCGAAAAAGAUGGUAAGAUACCUUUUCUAGACUGCUUGUUCACUCGCGACAACAACAAACUAAAAACGACUAUUUGCAGAAAACCGACACAUACCGACCGAUUACUAGACCAGUCUUCGUACAACCCGACCUCUCACAAGGCUACUACUAUCCGGACUCUGACGAGACGAGCGCAACUAGUUUGCGACUCACCUGACAGCCUACAAGACGAGACUGAUUAUCUUAACAACGUUUUUAGUAAGAACAAUUACAACACGGACUUUGUUAGACGGAACACUCACAGUAACACUGAUUUCAACACUCAGACCAACUCUGGCCCUGUUACGACAGCGACUAUACCGUACAUCAGAGGCACCUCUGAAACUAUUGCACGUAUAUUACAACCU